AUGUUCAGGCGGAAGUAGACGGCUCAGAGCUGCGGAACCUUCCUUCCACAGUAAUUUCUCACGCCACAUCCGCCCGGACCCUUGGUAAACAACCGGCACACUGUGAGCCUCACACCCCCAGACCCAAACACCCACAACAUGGAUUUCUCUAUCCGGGCCGCGAACGUGGAGGACUGCAAGGACAUCGCGCGGAUGAUCGUGGAGUUGGCUGAAUAUGAGAAAGUGGCAGACCAUGUGAAAGUCACACAGAGAGACUUGGAGCAGGACGGCUUUUCCAAGAACCCGUUCUUCCAUGGGAUCGUCGCUGAAGUGCCUGAACAGCACAAAACCAAAGAAGGCCAUACAAAAAUCGGAUAUGCACUCUACUUCUACUCCUACAGCUCAUGGUCAGGCAGAGCUGUUUAUAUGGAGGACUUGUACGUGAUGCCUGAGUUCAGAGGAAAAAGCAUUGGUAAAGCACUAAUGAGCAAAGUAGCACAGCUGGGCCUAGCUGCCGGCUGCAACCAGCUCAACUUCACCGUCCUGGACUGGAACAAACCAUCUCUGGACUUUUACCUCAGCCAGGGAAGCUUCGACAUCACGGCUGACAUGGGCUACCACUGUAUGCGCUGCGAGGGCGAGGCGCUGGAGCACCUGGCCCAGCCCUAACCCAACGCCGGACAGGUUGACCUUUGCAGCCGUGAGGUCACACAGUGCAGGGAUAGAGCUCCACUCAGCGGCCCUGUUCCAAAACUCGACAAUGACAAUCAAAAAGCAGAUCAUUUAAAAAUAUUGACUGUUUGAUAAGCCCCCCUUUAUUACUGUUACUAAGCCUAUAACGUUUUUAAUGUUAGCACAAUAAUAUAGAUGGCGGAUUUCAACAUUUUAAACAACUAUUUCACAUAGCGGGAAUCAAAAGCAGGAUUCACACACUUAAAGCAGAUGAUUGUCAAUGUUAUUGGCUUCUCAAAUCACAACAACUACUGUGUAAUAACAACUAGCAGUUAUGUUAGCUGUAGUUAGCAUCAUCUUAUUAGCUUGUACUGUCUGCAUUACUUAACUAGCAUCAGUUCACUAGAUUUGCUGGAAUUAAACGUUCCCAAAUCCAAUAAGGAACAGGACAGGAGCGCUAACGUUAGCAUAAACUAUAUCAGAUAUGGCUACCACACCAUACUUAACUUGUAAUCCCGCAGUUAGUUAGUAUGCACGUGAGCUUUUAGAUGUAAUGCUCAGUUACUACUGGUAGUAGCUAGUUAGCCAGGCAUGCUAACAAUUAAAGCUAACAUUGGUGUUUCCGCAUUUAGGAUAAAAACUAAAAAAGACACAGCCUUCCAAACUCUUAACGUACGAGGUAAUGCUCUUGCUUCGCACUGCACAUACAUAAACAUCUACCGCCCAUGCCUUGUUCUGUGAAAAGGGGUUUAGCAACCUAUCAAUUUACUUAUUAGUUGGAAGUAUUGGAACGGGGCCUAUGCAAUACAUUUAAAAAGUACAUAACUAAUAAAUGAAGUAUGUGUUUUGUGGUUUUCCCUUGUCAUAUGUUAUGACCCAGAGCACCUUUAAAAAUAAUUACUCUAGAAAUGAAAUCCUUGUUUUUGCACAAUAAUCCCAAAAACUGUUUAUGCAUUAAAAAGCCAAGAUGUGCUGUAUGUGUGUCACUGUAAGACUGUUAGAAAAGAGUCCCUUUAAAUGUAUAAUAAUCUAUAAGAACUAGUCACUCCUGUUGUCUUCCAGAUGAAGAGUGCUGUAAAGCUGUUGUGAAGCACAAUCCUGCACUGUCUUCCUUCCUAUGUAUGUACUAAGGGAUGAAAUUGUGGAGUAAAUGAAUCAGUUAAACCUUCUUCCAUGCAGCCAAACAACCAACUCUUUGGGCUCCUUUCAAAGAAAUGAGCUUCGAAAUCAGACAAAAGAAAAAGCCAUCUGGUGGAAUUUGAAAAAUAAAAGUCUUGGACGGCUCAGUCCCUGUCUUUGAACCUGUCAUGCUAAAAGGAAAAAGGGCAUUAUUGUGGUUUGCAUUUCUGUUUCAUAUCCAGUAUCUGUUUUGUUUUUUUAAAGACGGCCUUCUGUAUCAUUUCCAGCAGUAUAAUGAAAACAGUCUGAGUUGUGGGUUAAAUUUAGUUUGUUUUCGCUCACUCUAAACAAGUUAGAACCACUGACCCUGCUUUGUGGGUUUUGCAAUUUGCAUUUCAUUUCAUACUUUGUUUACAAAAUAAUUGAGUGAAGAAUGCACAGUUUUUUUCAGAUUUGGGACAUUGGGUUGGAAAAUACGUUCCUCUCAUGACUGCAUUUUAAGUGCCGUCAUUGUUCUAUCAAGAGUGCAUGCCUCACAAAAUCAAUAGACUCCGAGGGAACAUGAAGAUAUUUAUAAAUGUUCCUGUCGGCAGCUUCCCAUCAGAAACCAGAACCAGAGCCUUAAAUUAUACAACUUGAGGAUUUGUUCCCAACAUGGAUUCCUAAGAGAGUUUCACAAAUUCCUCGUGAGAAACUUUUGCAAUAAAACACGCAUUGAAGAGCAACUUGGGCUAAAAAACAUGACUAAAUGUUAGGGGGUUUAUUCCGAUUUUAAUGUGCAGGGUAUUUGGUUGUUCGACACGGUGCACAAUGUUGAUGUUUUGAGCACAGUUGCACAAUUGAAGUGCUGUUAAGUUGUCACAAAGAACCUAAGUGCAGUAAUACAUGUUUUUGCCAGCAGAGAAAAAGUUGUAAUGUGUCUGAAAUGUUUGAAUAAUAAAGAUGUAAUAUUAAGGUGCAAAAA